AUGGAGGCUUCUAGUAGCGAAAUUCAGAAUAAUGGGGUACAAUAUGCCGAUGGGAACCCUAUCCCGGUGACGACGCAAAAAGAAGAACUAGCAAAAACACAAGCUUCGUGGGCUACCCUUGUAGCAGGAAACAAGUAUGCCUCCAAAGGUAUGACUCUUACAUUCAUAGCCCCUGUAAUAGAAAAUGGGGAGAAGAUUGUAGAGUUACAACGAGCAGAAGUGGCCAAGGGUACUGAAAAGUGGAAUAAGGCUGUUAUACUGUAUGUGGUGGGGGAGGACCCAAGUAUAGGGGCGAUAGAAAGAUUCAUUGCAAGUGAGUGGAACUUUGUAUCGAAACCUACGAUAUACUACCAUAAUGAGGGGUAUUUUGUGAUCAAGUUGAACACACUAGAGGAGAGGAAUGAAGUCUUGUAUUCCGGGCCAUAUACCCUCCGUAGAAAACCUGUGAUUAUUAAGGCAUGGACACCUGAGUUCAAUUUCCAUGAAGAGGUGUUGAAAACCAUUCCGGUGUGGGUGAAACUACCAAACAUACCAUUGAAUUGCUGGGAAAACGAAACUCUAAGUCGGAUUGGAAGCAGCCUGGGGAUUCCAAUAUAUGCAGACGACUGCACCUCCAAAGUGGAUCACAUUUCCUAUGCUAGGAUUUUGGUAGAGAUGGAUAUUACGCAACCACUCCUGGAUAAGGUGAAACUCAAGGAUCCGGAGAGGAAGCUAUUUGAGCAAAUAAUUGCAUAUGAAUGGAAACCAAUGUAUUGUGGAGUAUGCUUAAUGUUGGGGCAUGACUGCAACAAAGGCCAGCAGCAGAACGCCCCUCGUACGCAACCACAGAUGAUCCAGCAGUCUCCAGUCAAAGAGAUUCAGAAACCCCCGCAACAACAAAGGAAGAAAAAUGCACCUCGAAAAGAAUGGAAGUCAUUAGAGCAAGGGGUGGCAGAGGCAAGCAGCAACCAGGGGCCCACAGCAGCUGCAAAUAAGGGGUAUGAGCAGGGUGAGGAUCCACUAGGAUAG